AUGAAGCGGUGUGCUCUCUUCGGCACCAACGCGUUGGUUGGUUUUUGCUGGCUGCAGUCGCGUCGGGAUCCCCCGGGCCGUGUCAACCCGAACGAAACGGGCCAACCGGGCGCUUCCGGGCUGGGCGCCACGGGCCACGACAAUGCGCUCGAGCAGCUCGAGCUCAGCUCAACGGUGGCCACCACCACCCACCCACCCGCGAAGGCUCGCAGACCAAGCCGAAACUUUUGGGCGCUCGACUCACUCACUGCGACAGCGAGCGGCGGUGGAUUCCCCAGGGCGCCGCCGAGCCCCAGCCGGCGCGCAGAAAGCGGGGCCGCUGCCCAGGGCGAGUGGCCCACGAGUCGAGCCCAGCGCCCAGAGCGGCUGGCGGCACAACGCGACGGCAUCAGCUCAUAG